ACGUGCCGUAACAACGGUAUCUAAGGUCAUCAUUUCGAGUUUGCCGAAAGGCUAUCUUCUCAAUAGCAAUUAAAUUAAGGUUUGCUUUUUAUUAGUUUUAUUUAAAUCAUAGAAGAUAAAUAAUUUACAUCAGAUUUUUAUUAAAAUCAAAUAAAAAAGUUAUUUAUUCAAUAUGAAAAUUAUUAAAAAUUUCACUAAAGAAAAAUAUAUAUUGUAUAUAAGUGUAUAGUUUUAAUAGCAUUAUGGUAUUUAAAAUCAUUAAUAAGUAGUUUUUAUUUUUUAAAUUAAGCUUAAGAUGAAUUUUGAUAAAUAUUCUAAAUAUAGAGAAGAAAAUAAUAGAUAUCAGCUCUCCAAUGGAGAGUAAUCAGAGAAGGAGAGAUUUAAAAAAUAUUAAAACUAAUACUUAGUUAUACUAAUAUACUAGCAAAUAUAGAAAGAAGUAUAUUAUGGUACAGCCAAUCUAGAUUAAAAUCUAUAAAUAAACUAUGUCUCUUCUCUCUCUCUCUCUCUCUGUCUAUUUUCCUCUUUUUCUCUCUAUAUCUUAUUCCUCCUCUUGUUUAAGAGAUGGCAAGAAAGAAGCAGGAAGUUGCUUUACAGAACGAGAUUGAAUCGCAGGAAGAAUGGGAAGAGGCUCUCGCCAAAGAGGGCUUAACAAUCAUAGACGUCUAUCAGGAGUGGUGCGGUCCAUGCAAAUCCGUUGUAGCCCUAUUUAGACGUAUAAAGAAUGAAACUGGAGAUGAUUUGUUACAUUUCUCAACAGCCAAAUGUGAUACUGUAGACGCUUUAGAGAAGUAUCGAGGGAAAUGUAAACCGUGCUUUCUGUUUUAUGCGGGUGGAAGUCUAGUUAAUGUUAUACGAGGUACAAAUGUUCCACUCUUGCAAAGGAAUAUUAUGGAACAACGCGCGCAAGAAAGGAAAGUACUCGACGGAGAAGAAGAAAGAAAAGAGAUUCGAGAUCCGGAAAUUGUAUAUGACGAACCGGAAAGGGGCGAAGAGGACGAGGAUGAGAGUGAAAAGGAUGAGGAAAUCGAAGUGAAAGACCAUGACGAGCACGGCGAUGAGCAAGAUGUUGUUCGUCUCAAUGGAGAGAUUGUUUAUUUCGAUAGUUUUCCUCAAAAGAUCAAGGAGGAAGAAUCCAUUCAAAAGGAAGUUACCGUAGCGAUAAUUAAACCUAAUAUUGUUGCUGCUGGACGGGUUAGUGAGAUCAUUAAAGAAAUGCAGGAAGCGGGAAUUGAGAUACUGCAGGAGGAAGAGCGUCUUAUCACAGAAGAAGAAUGCAAAGAGUUCUAUGAACACAAGAAAGACGAACCUUACUUUAAUGAUUUGGUAAAAUAUAUGACAGAAGGACCAAGCCAUAUAUUAGUCAUUAGCAAAGAAAAUGAAUCUGGAGAGGGUGUACUAGAGCAAUGGCGCCACAUGCUAGGACCUGCAAAUGUUGACGAGGCUAAAGAAGCGGCACCGGAGAGUCUUAGAGCUAAAUAUGGUGCUGAUGGUUUUAUGAAUGCCUUACACGGUAGCGAUAGCAAGGAGAGAGCUGUUCGAGAGUUAGCCUUCUUUUUCCCCAACUUCCAUAUUCCUACAACUAGUAGAUCUGUUGGAGGAAAGCCUAAAAUCCAGAGAACUAUAGCUCUUAUUAGACCUGACGCUUAUAAUCAACGUAGAGGUUCAAUCAUGGAUAAAAUAACUGAAGCCGGCUUUAAAGUAGCCCUAAGCAAAGAAAUCCAAUUGUCCAAGGACCAAGCCGAAGAUUUCUACAAAGAGCAUAAAGAACAACCAUAUUACGAAGAAUUAACAAAUAGCAUGUCAAAGGGACCUUUAUUAGCCUUAGCCUUAGCCAGGGAAGAUGCCGUAACUGGUUGGAGAGAGGCAAUCGGUCCAACCGAAAUUGAUAAAGCAAAAGAAGAGGCACCAAAUAGUCUCAGAGCGCAAUUCUCAAUUGAAGGCGUAGGAAUCAAUCAAAUUCAUGGUUCAGAUAGUGUCGAGAAAGCUGAAGAGGAAUUAGAAUACUUUUUCCCAUCGCAAAAGACCGUUGCUCUCAUUAAACCAGAUGCUUAUCAGACUAAGGAUGAAAUUAUGGAAAAAAUUAGGGAAGCUGGUUUUAGAAUUGCCGCAAGGAAAGAAACAGAAAUACCUAGGGAUCUUGCCGAGCAAUUAUAUAAAGGUCAAGAGGGCAAAGACUUUUUCAACGAUCUUGUUGAUCAUGUUACGAGUGGUCCUACUUUAUGUUUGGUACUUAAUAGAAAUGACGCUGUGGAAGGAUGGAGAGGACUCAUGGGCCCUACAGAUCCAACUGUUGCGAAGAGCGACGCUCCAAACUCAAUUAGAGCCAAUUUCGGUCAUGAUAUUUUAAAGAACGCUGUCCAUGGAAGUUCCAACAUAGAUGAAGCUAAUAAGGCUAUUGAAUUAUUAUUUGGUGAAAUAGAUGAAAGUCAGGAAGAUGAAACAAUUGAAAAAAUACAACCUGCUGAGGAACAAAAAAACAAUGACGAGGAUGUGGUAGAUUUUAAUUUGGGUACUGUACACGAUGCCCUAGUUGUUGGGGAAGCAAUUCUUCAAGCCACGGAUGAAGGUGAUAAAAGCGAGAACAAAGAUGACGAGCAGUCGCAAAAAGAUAGUAAUGAAACUGAAAAUGCUAAAAAUGAUCCAAACGAAGAGCAGGUAGAAGAAGAACAACAACAAGACGAAGAAAAUACGGAUGACGCUGAUAAUCAAGAUAUGUCAAAUUUAGAUAGAGAGGAAGAGCGCGAAGAGACAGCUCAGACUAUUACUGAUGAAAAUCAUGAAGAUAAUGUCUCAGAUAAUCGCGAUGAUAUUCAGGAAACUAAACAAGAAGAUAAUGCAGAUGAUUAUGAGAAAGAUGGUUUUGAUGAAAAAAGUGAACAAGAGGAAGCAGAGGAGAGUGUACGUCAAAAUCAGGUAGAAAAUCUAGAGCAGGUGGAGCAGAAUCCAGAGUUAGAGCAAAAUGAGGAAAUAAAACAGACAGAUACUUUAAGCGUGCAUAGUUCUUCUUCAAAGGAGGCCAAAGAUAAGGAUGAAAGCGAUAAAGUAUCAAAUAAAAGUCAAAAUGAACAAGAUAAUGAAAGUCUUAAGCCGAAUGAAAGUUAUGAUGAAAACGAUAAUGAUAACGAUAAUGAUAAUGAUAAUGAAAACGAGAACGAGAAUGAGAUAGAGAAUGAAAAUGAAAAUGAAAGUGAACAUGAACAUGAACAAGAUGAACACAAUGAUGAUCAAGACUAUACAGACACAUUAGGAGCUGAGGAUGUUGCUGAAGAAUCUAAAGAAGCCGAAGAAGACAAGCCUAAAGAGGAUGAUGAGGAAGCAGCAGCUGAAGAAGGAGAAAAGGCUGGCGAAGAUGAGGCGGAAAAUAAUGCUGAAGAGGGUGAAGCGGAACAGCAAGAAGAGGCUGAAGCCGAACAAGAAGAAGAGAAUGCAGAAGAAGAAAAGGGUGGUGAAACUGAAAAACCAAAUGAUGGUCAAGGUGAUGAAGAGAAACAGGAUGACAAAGCCGAAACCGCUGAAGACGAACAAAAGCCUGAGGAAGAAAAUAAAGAAGAAGGAGGGAAUGUUAGUCAAGAAGGGGAGCAAAAAACGAAAGCAGAAGAAAAAGAGGAUGAGCAAGAAACUAAAGAGACAGGAGAUGAAGAGAAAAAAGAAGAAGAAACAAAGCAAGAUGAAAAUGCAGAGGAAAAUGAGGAGGAAACAAAAGAAGACACUAAAGAAGAAACUAAAGAAGAAACUAAAGAAGAAUCCAACGAGGAUACAAAAGAAGAAGCAACUGAAGGUCAAGAAGAAGAAAAAAAAGAGUCAACUGAGGAAAAACCUGAGGAAGAGAAUCAAGAUGAAAAACCAAAAGAACAAGAGGAACAGGAAGCAACAAAAACUGAAAAGCCUGAAGGUUAAAAAUAAAAGUUGUCAUUAACAAAAGAAAAAAAAAGCUGCACCUAAUUAUUCACAAUCACUGAUUGAUAACCUCUUCUUUUAUUUUAUUAUUAACUUUAACAUUGUUUUAAGAACAAAAACCAAUUGAAAGUUAAUAUUUCCCCUUUUCCAUUUCUUUU